UGUUAGCCAAAACAACUUACUUGUGAUGUUUAGUCAACAUCUUCAGAAGCUUUUGCUGACUACAGUUGGUAAUACUGUAUAAUAACAUAUGUAUUUCAUAAGAAGAAAUCAGGGAAAGAGUGAAUAUGGUGUCUAAUGAAAAUACUAUAACACAAUAGCAUUAAGGACUAUUACUUAUGGGAGAUAAAUGUAUGAUGACGAGAGGAAGCUGGAGAAAAGGAGAUAAAUAUACUGUACUGUCUGAAUUUAAUAGAGUUUCAUCAAGUUUCUUCAAAAACUCGGAUGAACAAAUAUUCAGAAAUAAAUGUGAAACAAUUUUGAAAGAAUAAAUGAAAGAAGAAACCAUUUUCUGUUGGAUGUAAAUGAAGGAAACACUGCAGCAUAUGUAUAAAGGGGAAAAUAACUGACUGAAAAAAAACAAUUUUAAAUAAUAUCAUACAAUAUAAUUAAUAUCUCGAACUGUCAAACUGUAGACACAGUAUUGCCAUUCAAUAGUUCAUACGAUCAAACACUUUGGGCAACAAGAAUUAAUCUCUAGAAAGAUUCACUGAUAGAAAAAAUAACGAUGGCAACUGACCAGACAAAGAAUGUGUUACUGAAGACGUUGGUGCUGUUCAUGUUAUGCCAAGUCACCAUCCAAUCAAGUGGACUCACAAAGUUGGACCUGAGUAAACGGUAUAUGACAAGACUAACAGGGGGGAUGUUCAUACAAUAUUCAAAUAUAACAAUUCUUGAUUUGAGCCAUAAUCAAAUAACUGAAAUUGAAAAUGGUGCAUUUUCUGGUUUACAAUUGCUGAAAGAACUUAACUUGAGUUCUAAUGAAAUACAAGUACUACCAGGUGGCAUAUUCAAUGAUUUAGAAUUGUUGGAAAAACUAGACUUGAGUUUUAAUGAUAUACGAGUACUACCCAAUGGCAUAUUCAGUAAUUUAAAAUUGCUAGAGGAACUUGACUUGAGUUUUAAUGCCAUAAAAGUAAGAGGCCUACCAAGUGGCAUAUUCGGUAAUUUGAAAUCCCUGAGAGUUCUUGGCCUUUUAGGUAAUGACCUAGUAGUAUUACCCAGUAGGAUUUUUAGUGACUUGAAAUCGCUAACAAUGCUACAAUUGCAGUUAAAUCAUCUUUUAUUCUUAUAA